AUGCCAGGUUUGCCACAAUUAGAGGGGAGGGGUGCAUUAGAUUAUGUUCCUCGCAGGGUUGUAUCAUUUCUAAAGGCCCAACAGAUGGUUGAGAAGGGGUGUGAUACUUAUCUAACCUUUGUGAAAGAUGUCAGUGCUGAUACUCUUACUGUCGAGUUAGUUUCGCUUGAUUCGGUGGUGUUUUUGGGUCAUUUGGUGUCAAGUGAGGGGAUCAAGGUAGAUCCGAAGAAGAUUGAAGCAGGGAAAAGUUGGCCCAGACAGUCUUCGGCUACUGAAAUCCAAAGUUUCCUUGGUUUUUCAUCUAUAGCUGCACUUAUGACCAUAUUAACCCAGAAGGAUGCUCCUUUCAGAUGGACCGAGUAG